AGGCUCAUCUCAGCACCUAGUUAAUGUGGUCAAAAUGCACCCAGCCAUUCUUAACUUAUGAUUUAAAAUGAAAAAUAAAAGGUCAAAUGUGCUGUAUCAUAUAUAGUUGACUCAUAUGCCAUAUGAAAUUGCCAUUUGUUCUGAUACAAAUAACUAACAUUCAAAUAUCUUUAAUUGCUUUUCAGGGGAAAAAUGCAAAGAACAAUUACAGGAGGAAAGCCAGAUCUUACUUUCAAGAGGGAGGCACAUUAUUUUACCACCAUCCAAAAUGCGGCCCAUUAAGAGUUAUCAAAGACAUUGAGCGAAUUGCAAUUCUUAAAGGUUGCCAUACUGAUGCUGUUGCUGGUCACCAAGGAGUGAAUAGGACAGAAAAGAAAAUUUCAGAAAGAUACUUUUGGCCUGGUUUGUGUAAUGAUGUGCGGGAUUAUAUCCGAGGUUGCGAUGAAUGCCAGCGGCAAAAUCACAUUAAGAAAUUUUCAGCACCACUUCAUCCAAUACAAGUGAAAGAUGAGGCCUUUGCUAUGUUAGGCAUGGAUUUGGUCGGUCCACUACAUGUAACUGAAGAUGGCAACAGAUAUAUAGCAGUACUGACAGACUAUUUCACGAAAUGGCCAGAAGUUAAGGCAAUCAAGAACAAGACAGCAUCAGAAAUUGCACAGUUUGUCAUGGACACAAUCUGCCGCCAUGGAGUUCCCAAGGUCAUUCUUACGGACCAAGGUCGAGAGUUUUGUAAUGAGAUGAACGAGGAACUAUGUAGCCGCCUGAACAUUCAGCAUAAAGUAACAUCAGCUUACCAUCCACAGACAAAUGGACUUACAGAGCGAUUCAAUAAGACUCUAUGUGAUGGAUUAGUAAAGUAUGUUAAUGAUAAGCAAAACAACUGGGAUGAGUACUUGCAAAUGGUUGCGUUUGCAACAAGGACAUGUGUUCAGAAAUCUACAAAUGAGACACCAUUUUACUUAGUGUAUGGACGAAAAGCUCUUCUACCAAUUCAGCUGGACAUUCCAACAACAGUGACAGGAUCCUCAACAGAACGAAGUGAAGAAGAGUGGGAAGCACUCCGAGAAGACAGGACCUCAUCAUUUAUCGAAUUACUUCAAAUAAGACACAAAGCACAGACUUCUAUUGCCACAGCUCAAAAGAAACAGAAGGAGUACUAUGACAGCAGACAACAGCAAAUGACACUGGAGCCAGAAGACCAAGUACUCAUAAAGAACCCAAGAAAACACAAUCGCAAGGGUGACAAAAUGACGAACAGAUAUAUUGGACCAUACAAGAUCAUUGCUCAUGUAGGUAAAGGUGUGUUCAGACUAGAAGGGAGGAAAGCAUUACAGAACAUAAAAAACCUAAGAAAGUAUGUCACCCCUAGACGAUCAACAGCUGACACAUUAUCCAGAGAUACCGAUUCUACAUCACCUUCUUCAGAUGCUCGAACAGCCCAGACCAAGAUCAAACUCAAGAGUACUUCCACAAGCAAGCCCUCCACCCUGAAGACACCAAGGAGGCUACAGCAGCCAAAGGUAACGAAGAGUUUUACCAGAAAACAAGCAGUAAGAAAAGCACCCACUACGGACUGGUCUUCAAGAAACCCUGCAAUAGGCCCAAGGAAGCAACCAAGCCGUUCAGCUAAAGAAACAUCAUCCAGAGUUACCACAUCUGCAGCUAGAACACCUUCACAUGAUCGAACAGCCCAGACCAAGAUCAAACUCAAGAGUACUUCCACAAGCAAGCCCUCCACCCUGAAGACACCAAGGAGGCUACAGCAGCCAAAGGUAACGAAGAGUUUUACCAGAAAACAAGCAGUAAGAAAAGCACCCACUACGGACUGGUCUUCAAGAAACCCUGCAAUAGGCCCAAGGAAGCAACCAAGCCUUUCAGCGAAAGAAAAAUCGAGCAGUUACAUUGACCAGUUUGUAGCUAAUGGCAACAUUCAUGAAUUGUUAGUUCAUUGUGAUAAACUCAGGAUGCCAUUGCCAUCAAGUCCCCAGAGAAUGGCAUUUACUGCCCAGCAAUCAGCAACAUUGUCAUUCUUCCUGAAAUAUAGUGAAAGGUAUUCAAAAGAGCAAGAAGAGUGCAGUGAUGAACUCCUGAAAUGGUACAUGGAAAACAGAGCUCAAUUGCAUCUGAAACAUCCACCAAUUGCUGUGAUGCUGGCGUCAGCUGUGUUGAUGGCAGUUCUUAAAGAUGAUAUGGAGUUGUCAUCAGUCUAUGCAACAUUGAACAAUACACCGUACCAGACAGACUCCAAGUCAGCCACCUUUAAAAUUCCAAAACAUCAGUUUUCUGUUGGGAGCGUCACUUUAAAUCCCUCUGAUAUGCAGACACUCCUGCCUGGGAAGUGGUUAAAUGACCAGAUCAUCCACGCCUAUUUGGGUCUGUUAAACAGCAACACAACUUAUGUCCUUCCAAGUUUCAUUGCGGUUCACUGGGAGGCUGGAAAUUUCAACUGGAUUUACCCCCAGAUCCCACUUCACCGCUACUAUCAGGUGCUUGUUCCAAUAUGCCACCAGCACCAUUGGUUUUUGCUUGUUGCUGAAAUGAGGACUGGAAUUGUUACAGUUUUAGACCCUCUACCCAACAGCCAAAGGGCGGACAGAUUUGUGGGUCAUUGGAGAAAAUUCAUGGAGACGAGAGAACGAGUCUUGAAGGAAGCUGCAACAAGGUGGACAUUAGGAAGGAAUAAGUCAUCUAGACAGGAUGAUGGUAGUUCAUGUGGAGUGUUCCUACUAAUGAAUGCUGAUGCUGUAGUAUCACAAAACCCACCGACUGUGAUGAGGCAAUGCCAUGUGAUGGCUUACAGAAAACACAUUAUUGACCAACUGCUCAAGUUUGCCAAACCUAUCAGAAACAAUUGUGACCUUCUGUUCUGCAAUUCAAGUGGGAAACAGAUGUUUCGGUGUACCAAAUGCAACAGAAUGUGUCACAAGGCAUGUCUUGGAGUGUGUGAAGGAGCUGAUGUAAGCACCUGUAUUUUGUGUGUUUGAACUUGUCACAUAUCCUAUAAACAUAAUGUUAUCCAGUGACAUGUGUAUAUAGAUUUAUUAUGAUAGAUAUGCUUAACAUAGGUGAAUAUGAUGUUAGAUAUGUCAUGAUAAAUGUGUUACAAAUAUUUUACGUAUACAAAUACAGCCUUUGGUUAUCAAUGGCUUUACAGACCUGAACUGGACAAUAUUUAUCGAGGCACGGAAAUAGAGUUUGUAUUUAAUAUAUAAAAUGAAGUAUAUUGAUUGAGAUAAAAAAAACUAAGAAAGUUCCUUUAAAGUAACUCAUCACAUUACUUAUAGGUCAAUAUAAUGCUUCACCAGGUUUGUUAUAUUGAUCUCUGCCAAAAAUACAUCUCAGCACGGAUGACAUAAUUUCUAUCUUUAACUACAAUAUAAGAUUCCAUGGACAUGAAAAAACAUAUUGAUUUAUUGGUGAUAUCAUUAGGACCAGUGAGUGAUAGUGUUAUAUACACAAUCAUAUAAUGAAGUGAUGUAGUUUCUCUGGAACAGUUUGGAAUGAAUAAAAACUGAAAAUUACAUUGGCAGAUCAAUGAGGUAAGAAACUUUUUUAGAAAGGUUAGAAAGGUUUUUAAUUAGCACAUUCAUAUUGUUUCCCUGAUUAGUGGGACUUUUGCACUUAUUAGGUCAAAUACAGUAUGUUAUAGAUACAUAUUACAUUAGGUCAAAUACAGUAUGUUAUAGAUACAUAUUACAUUAGGUCAAAUACAGUAUGUUAUAAAUACAUAUUAGACCUGGCAUGAAUGUAGAGUUGUGAUAUUGUUACUAUAUUCAUUUAUUUAUUCAUUUUUAAGUGUAUGACUAAUGUAAUCAUGUCAAUAAUGUUCAUGUUGUUUUGGUUGCAUUUUCAUCUUAAAAUUAAUUAUUUAUUGUUUAUCUAUUAAUAUCUUAAGAUUUGCUCCAUUGUUUAAAGAUUAAUAAAAGAAGAUAAAACUA